AUGAACCUGCGUGCCGGCAACGUGUCAGAGUUGAUCUCCAACACUGUCAGAGCCGUAACGGCUCUGGAGUCCAAUACCUGGUCUCCGCGUGGGUUUGAGGACAGCACCCUGCGGAUCAAUAACGUGACGGCCUCGGGGUGUCAAGGGAACGGCGCGCACAGAAAUGGCGUUGACAUUCAGUCAGGGGACUCGUCCUACCCCGACGUUGGAGGAGUCCACGGCGAGGACGGCGGCAGGAUUUACGGGUCUCAUUGUCCUCGGCAAGGGAUGGCGACGGAGAAGAACUGGGCGGCGCUUUUGAUUUUGGUCGUCAUCGCCGUCACUGUCAUGGGCAACAUCCUGGUGAUCCUGGCCGUGUCCCUGGAGAAGAAGCUGCAGAACGCCACCAACUAUUUCUUGAUGUCUCUGGCAGUCGCUGACAUGCUGUUGGGCAUCCUGGUCAUGCCGGUCUCCAUGGUGACCAUUCUCUAUGAUUACGGGUGGCCGCUGCCCUCCGACCUUUGUCCCAUCUGGAUUUACCUGGACGUCCUGUUCUCCACCGCGUCCAUCAUGCACCUGUGCGCCAUCUCCCUGGACCGAUACAUCGGGAUACGCAACCCGAUCCACCACAGCCGCUUCAACUCCCACACCAAGGCCCGCAUCAAGAUCAUGGCAGUUUGGACCAUUUCAGUUGGGAUCUCCAUGCCCAUUCCUGUCCUGGGACUCAGAGACCACUCCAAGGUCUUCAAAGACGGCAGCUGCAUGCUGACGGACAACAACUUCGUGCUGGUCGGCUCCUUCGUGGCCUUCUUCGUGCCCCUCACCAUCAUGGUGGUCACCUACUUCCUGACCAUCAGCGCGCUGCAGAACGAAGCCACCCUCUGCCUGGACCAGCUGGUCCCGCGGCCCAAAUGGAGCACGACGUUCACCUUGAGCUUCUUGCCGCAAACCUCUCUGUCCUCCGAGAAACUCUUCAGGCGCUCGAUAAGCCGCGAGGCCGGCGGCCGGGGGAGCGGCGGCGGCGGCGGCCUGGGAGGCGCCCGCGGCAGCCUCUCCGGCUCGCUCUUCGGCCGCCGUACGAUGCAGUCCAUCGGCAACGAGCAGAAGGCCUCCAAGGUCCUCGGGGUGGUGUUUUUCCUCUUCGUGGUCAUGUGGUGUCCGUUUUUCGUCACCAACGUGCUGGUGGUGGUGUGCGACGCGGCGGCGUGCGACGCGGGGCUCAUGGGCGGCCUGCUGAACAUCUUCGUGUGGGUCGGGUACCUGUCCUCGGCGGUCAAUCCGCUGGUGUACACGCUGUUCAACAAGACGUACCGGGCGGCGUUCCUGCGCUACGUCCGCUGCCGGUACCGGCCGGAGAAGAAGCGCCUGCAGCUCAUACUGGUGAACACCAUACCGCCGAUGGCCUACAGCUCCGCCCAGCUGCCCGCGGCGGGAGACGUCCAGAGGUUACGAAACGGAGCGGACGUCCCCGGCGGCGAGGCGAAGGAUUCCUCUUCGACCCGACAGGACGCGGAGAAGUUGGCGCCGGACAGAAGUCACGCGGACAAGCGGGAGAGCUGCGUUUGAGUGAACGUCUGCUUCAGGCCGUUAAAAAUAAAGCGAGGGGUUCGAGGGUUAAAGUGCCAAAGACAAAGUGCCUCCCGGUCAGGAUUUUUAGAAACUGAGGUCUUGAGUU